ACGCCCGUACGCCCGCCGGUUUUUGACUGGAUUUCGGCCACGACUUUGGCCACGGCUUUGGCCACAGUUUUAGCCACGGCUGUGGCUUUGGCGCUCGCCCGGCUCGACCGCUGGCUCGACGGCCGACAGUAGCACGGGGUGCGGCGAAGCGAGAGGGGCGGAUCCACGUGGAGGGAGAGAGCCAGCCGGGCCUCUGCCAACUGGGCAUUGCUGGCCCGGGCCAGCAGAAAUCUGAGUGUGAACCUGCUGUAAAGCCAUCUUACAACUCACUGCCAGACAAGCACGUGAUAGAAAUAGACACCAGCAUGAGGCUCAGCCACCUGGCACCACUGUGCGUGCUUCUCUGCCUCACCACACCAACUGCCGAGGCCGUCAAAUACUUCUGGCAGCUCUCUGACGUUCACGUCGACGGCGACUACACUGCCACUGCCGACCCGAAGGCCUGGUGUCACUCCGACACGACCGGCGCGGCGCGAGAGGAGUGGUUCGGCCAAAUCGGCUGCGGCCUUCCGUGGCGCACAGUGGAGUCGGCCGUGGACUUCAUGAAACGUCACAUAGGAAGCCCCGAGGCGAUCCUCUGGACGGGUGAUACGGCUCCACACUGGCCCUACACAGACUGGUCGGAAGUGUUUCCGAAGCUGCGACGUGUGAGCUCGAUGCUGCGAAACGCGUUCCCCGAUGCGCAGAUUCUUCCGGCGAUUGGGAACCACGAUGCGUAUCCGAGUGAUCAGUUUCCUGACGACAACGGCACGUAUUAUCAGGAGUAUCUCGAGCGAAGCGGUUGGGGAGAGCUGCUUCCAGAGGAAGCCCGCCGCACCUUCCGUCGCGGAGGUUUCUAUGCCGUGGAUGUGGGCGAGUAUCGCGUCAUCGUGCUGAACACUGCGCUUUACUACACCCGCAACAAGAAAGUUAGCGAGGCGGGAGACGACCCCACCGGUCAGAUUGCCUGGCUGGCGGAGGAACUGAAGACGAGAAAACCGACCAUCGUCACCGCGCAUCUGUCUCCCGGCUUCCCGCACUGGAGUAUCUACACACCGAACCUCUACACCAACUACAACUACAAGCUGCACAAGGAGCUGAACCGUGUCGGUACCCUGGAGCAGCGCAUCGCUAACAUCUUCGGCCACGAGCACAUCGACACCUUCCAGAACGUCUAUCGCACCGACUUGCCGUUUGAGAAGCACACGUACGCGCUCAACACCUACUUCAUGGCUCCUGCGCUGAUGCCUGGCACACUUGACCAGCGCAUCAACCCAAGCGUUCGACUGUACGCUCUUCUUCCGGACAAGCUCAAUGACUACGUCCAGUUCCACUUCAACCUCGACGCUGCCAACAAGGCCCAUCGCGAAAACCCCACCAGCGUGGAUGACUCCAAGUUCUGGAACGUUACGUAUCGCCUUCGCGAUGCGUACGGUCUCCCUGACGCCAACACACGCUCCAUGCAUCUCCUCUUCAAAGAGAUCAAGGAAGAUGACAACAAGUUCCGCAAGUACUGGAAUUUCAACGACGGGCUGCAUGGCGAUGCGCCCGCUUGCAACGCGACGUGCAAGAAGCAGCGCCUUUGCCAGAUGAGUGCCCAGGUGCAUCAGCAGAUGACCGACUGCCUCAAUGGUUCUGGUCAGAUGGUGGCCUCGCUGGUGCUCGUGGCGGUCACUGCUGCUGCCGCGCGAGUCCUCGGCUAGACGAUGGUGGGUGUCGAGUUGAAGUGGAGGGAAUGGUGUCGCUGGUGUGGGGAAGUCCCAGCGAUUGAGUGGUGGAAUGAACAGAAAAGUGCGACGCGUUAUUGGUGUGUUUUGGUGAAAAGCGUCAGUAAAAAAGAUCAGUGUGGGAAGAGAAAGAAAUCAUUUCCGCAGUUACAUACGUCCUAGCCAACGCAGCGGGUCUCGAUGAGAAUCUCAAAGAGUGGAAAACUUCCAAGGGGUGUGCCCUUGAUGCUAACUGCCAAUCGAUUAGAAGGAACCGAAAACCCUCUCCGACAAGCCCAUUUGAUGUUUAUGAUGGUGCCGAAAUCGAAAAGGGCGCCAUGGCGAGGGUGAUUGCAAUUAAUUGCGACAGUAUGUUAUCGUUGACUGACUGCCUAACUUCAUAGUCGUGCCUUGAAUAAAAAGUUUAGCACGUUCAGCUUCUGUGCUUCUUAAGCGAUGCUUAGUGUUUCCUUGUGUGACAAUAGCGGAAAUUCAUGAAUUAUGGAUUAUGAUUACGCCGCGUAACGCGCCGCUUUUGAUGACGUGUAUUCGUGUGUAUUGCACAGGUAAUCGUAGCACCGCAACCUCACUGUUGCCAGGCUUCUGUCACCCUGCAAUGAAGUCAUUUCUAUGAGCCAACGGUGCACAGCUCACAAGCACAGUAGCUUGGCAGUCCGCCAGAAAGUAAUGCGCCGCCUUUCCAUGAAAUCCUAAACCACAGUGUCAGAUGCCUUGAAACGUAUGAUGCUUACCCGAUAAAGCACUCGGCUCAAUGUUAUCGUUGCUCUCUUCGGCCCAUUGAUGUAUUCUAGAAACUCAGUCUUAUGCUUAAGAAUGUGUAUCGAAAUUGUUAUCAGCGUACAUGACCUUUAGCAACCAGCCAAGACCAGACGAGGAGCUUUCCAUAGAGGAGCUUUUCCAUAGCUUACCUCCAAGAAGCUUUCCAUAGAGGUUGAUUUUGCAGUGUUUUGUGUGCAUUUAACAAUGGGUCACGUCAAACGCUUCGUUGUUUGAGUGCACUGAAUCGGAAACAAACAUCGUCACAUGUUGCACGCUUUGUUCAUAGAUAGACAACGACUGACAGUUUUCAUGUGCAUUGUACAAACCCUUGGCCAUGUGACGAAAAUACAUGAAUAAAAACCAGA